AUGUUGGACCGCCACUGUGUUGAGCCAUGGACUAAGAGGAAAAGAACGAAACGACCCGGAAUUGAAAACCCACCUACAGAAGAAGAAUACUUGGAUCUUUGCCUUCUCAUGUUGGCUCAGGGAACCACCGCCACCACCAGAAACAACGUCUCUGUCGCCGCGAAAAGCUCCCUCAAUCAUUACAAGUGUAAAGUUUGUAACAAAGCAUUUCCAACUUAUCAAGCUUUAGGUGGACACAAGUCCAGUCACCGGAAACUUGUCGUUAGAGUUGAUGAACGCCCUACUUCCACCACCGCUCCUGCUACUGUGUUCACGCCGCGUCCGUUAGCAUCGUAA